CCCCUCCCCCACCAGCACUCCCCAUCGUCCUCCAUCUGCCGCCUGCUCCUCCGCGCGGCCACGCGGAAGCCGCGCAGGAUGGCGCGCACCGCGGCGCAGUCCGCGAACGUGCGCCGCACCCCGCGCAGCGACGUCGUGUACAGCACCACCGCCUGCGGCCGGGGCGCACGCGGCUCGUCCGCGAGCUGAUGCUGCUGGUGCUGCCGUCGCCACCUGGACGCGGCCGCCGGCCGGUGCCCCGGGUGGUGGUGGUACGUCAGCGACCGCGCCAGCUGGAACGGCCUCUUGCCGCCGCCGCCGCAAUCAUCCAUCUCACGCGCCGACGCAGCAGCAGCGGCCGGCCGUGCCGCCGCGGGAGAAGGCGAAUCCAGGCUGUGGCGGUUAACCGGAGGCGAGGAGAAGGGGGAGAAGGAAGACGAAGAGGAAGCGAGCUGGGCAAGCAAUCGACGCGAGAAGAUCAGAAGGUGGGGGCACCAGAACCGCACUUUAUAUGAUUUCUUGUGGUGGUGGAGAUUUUGACGACUUUCUUGAUGCGUUUUUUUUUGGCCUUCGCUCUUUUGGUACGGUAAUUAGCAAAUUUAUUAGGAGAUGGUUAAAUGCUAUUAUAUACUAGAAGUAGAAAUGAUUUGUCUUAUGAAUGGUUUGCUGAUUGGGAGCUUGGAGGCUGUUUAGAGUUGUACUGGCAGUGACUAACAACCUUCUUCUGCUUGUGUUGCUUAAUUUUGAAGAAAUGGUUCCUUGUGGGGUUUUUUUUCCGAAAAGAUAUGGGCUUAGAGGCGGCACCGCAGCGACGUGAAGUGGGCGGCCGUGACUUACAAACGGCCACAAGAAGGUUCCUGAACGUGUUGCCGCUCAGACGCUCAGCUGAGCGUGACGCCGUCAUUUUCCCCCUUUUUUUCCUUCUUCCUAUUCUUGUUUUUUAUGUGAACCAUAAUUUGUUGCGGUAGAAAUAGGCACAGAUAUAACAUGACUGGAUUAAUAUGCUUUAAUAAUAAGGAAAUUUGAUUUGGAGAUGGGGCCGGAAAUGAUAGAGCAGGAUGGAUGGUAGGAAAAGGAAGGGGAAAUUCAGAAAUUCUCUCAGGCGUAUGGCUAUGGAGUGCCUGUGCUCUGGUGAGCAGUUGAAGGCGUCAGAUGAGACCAUGCGGUCAUCUGAUUCUACGAUCACAAAGGAUUUCUCGGCCAGUGGGUACUCUUCUUGGAAUGGAGAGAUUGAGCAGUACCUUGAUAAUGGCAACAUAGAGGAAGCCGAGUUGUCGCUCCGGGAGGGCAUUUGCCUAAAUUAUGAGGAAGCAAGGGCAUUGCUAGGAAGGCUAGAAUAUCAACGGGGUCAUGUAGAGGCAGCACUCCGUGUCUUUGAUGGGAUAGACAUCUGCAUUAGUUCCUAAGAUGAAAAUCUCAAUUGCUAGAAAAACAGGCCGUGGGAAGACUCAUUCACAGUGGGAUUCCCCACCAAUGCCCUUGCAUGCUGUCAGCCUUCUCAUGGAGGCCAUAUAUCUUAAAGCAAGAGCACUUCAUGAUCUUGGGAAAGAUAAAGGACCCAAUAAGGCAAGAAAACGGCAAAGAGCACAAUAGUUCUCAUAUGCCUAAUUAUUCCCUUGAUUCAUGAUUAUAACUUUGCCUCCUGAUUUAAUGACCCUUUCCUAUCAUUUGAGAUAUACAGGUCACCCUAAGGCAUAAAAGAAGAAAGGCCAUUUCUUGUGGAGAUUUAUGCAGAUGACAUAAAUCCAACUACAACUAUAAAAGGGAAGCACUACAUCGGCUCUGAACAAGCAAUCAUGGAAUAUUGAGCUAAGGCACUGGAGUCUCAAGAAAAGGUCUAGGAAUCCUAAGAAUGGAUGGAUAACGAUGCUUAAAUAUGGAUGACAUCAUUUAUGUCUUGAUAACCAUCUACAUGCCGGUGAUAAUGUUUUUUGACAUUCAUUCAUGGGGCUCACCUUUCUAAUGUGCGGUGCCUGGCUGUAAUGGCUUGCAUGUAUUUUAUGCAUUGACUACAUGAUAAGAACCGUGCACGUUGUUGAUGGCCCAAUUAUUACCUCUGAAUCAAGCCUGAGGCUGUAGCCUGCUGCAGCCUGUGCACUGGAGCAGCAGGGGCGAGAGUGGAGGCGAGAGCUGACGUGGCAGGGGCGAGAGGGAGACGGUGCACUGGACUCAGCCUAAUAACCACUACCCAGCGGGCGUACCCGUUGCCAUCUGGCUCUCCUCCGUCCAUUUACUCACACGGUCACACCGCCUCAACUCGCGCUGCCCGUCGCCCCCAAGCCUCGGUUCCGCCGGCGCGCGAGGGGAUUCGAGCUGGGUCUUGGGUAGCCUCUCACCGUCUCACGAUGCCGCCAGCACCCAAGUCCGGCGACGCCCUCUUCGCCAGCGUGGAUCGCGUCAAUGCGGAGCUGUUCACGCUCACGUACGGCGCCAUCGUGCGGCAGUUGCUCACGGAUCUGGAGGAGGUCGAGGAGGUCAACAAGCAGCUCGAUCAGAUGGGUUACAACAUUGGAACACGAUUGGUUGAUGAGUUCUUAGCAAAGUCAAAUGUAUCAAGGUGUGUUGACUUCAAGGAGACUGCCGAUGUUAUUGCGAAGCUUGGCUUCAAAAUGUUCUUGGGCGUGACUGCAACCGUGACCAAUUGGGAUGCUGAGGGUACAAGUUGCAGCCUUGUCCUGGAAGACAACCCUCUUGUUGAUUUCGUUGAGCUCCCUGACACUUGCCAAGGCCUUCAGUAUUGCAAUUUGUUAAGUGGAGUUAUUAGGGGGGCAUUGGAAAUGGUGUCUAUGAAGGCGGAGGUGACAUGGGUGCGUGACAUGCUUCGCGGGGACGAUGCCUAUGAGAUGCGGGUGAAGCUUAUCAAGCAAGUCCCGGAGGAAUACCCCUACAAGGAUGAUGACUAGUUCUACUUUAGUGCAAGAUUGCUUGUUUGGAUUUUGACAUCGUUUUCGUCGAUGGUCCGUAGUUCUGCUAUAACCUGAUAUCAUACGAGGAAAGCUGCGUCUGUUUUGCUUGUGUAUUGUAGAAAUCAUACAUAAUCUUUCCUGAGUUGCGGCUUUGAAUUAGUCUGCUGGAUUCAGGGCGUUCGCUAUGCAAAUUGGUGUUAUCUAGAAAUAAAGUAUUUUCGAUCUUA